AUGGCUUCCAACAAAAAUCGCAGAAGCAGUAAUUUGAGAGAUUCAAUUUCCAAGAAACAAAAAAACGAAGUUGAAGAAGAAACCCUAGAUAGAAUCAGUCACUUGCCAGACGCACUGUUGGUACAAAUUCUCUCUCUUUUGCCCACCAAAGAUGCGGUCACAUCAUGUGUUCUCUCAAAGAGGUGGCGUUAUCUCUGGACUUCUAUUUAUAACUUCCUUUUCAUUGAUCGAAAUUACAAUAAUGCCCAAAGUUUCAUAUCCUUUGUGGACCACGUUUUAACUCAUUCCACUUGUUCCAAAAUCAAAAAAAUCCACUUCUAUUUUCAUCAUGGAGACUGGGUAUUUGAUUCCAAAAUUAGCCAAUGGCUCAGUUUUGCUGUGGAAAACAAAGUGGAAGAUGUUGGCUUACAUUCAUACCCAUCUCCUGAUGAACACUCUUAUGAGUUGCCUCUGUGUAUGUACACUUGUUCGUCAUUGAUUACAUUGUAUUUGAGCCAUUGGGUGUUUGAUAAAGGAUUGCUAAUAGCUUGGAACUCUCUAAAGAGCCUAAAGCUGUACUCAACAGAGUUAAAAGAUGAUGAUAUUGUGAUCUUACAGUCAAGUUGUCCUGUUUUGGAAACUUUGGAGCUGUCAUUUUGCAUGGGUUGUCAUCAUUUAGAAAUUACUUCUUCAAAUUUAAAGAGAAUAACGAUAGACUCCCAUUUCCAUCAUCGGUUGGUAGGAUAUGGUUCUCUGGAAAUUUUUGCACCACAUCUUCAGCAUUUGGAUAUUUCAGGAGAACUUUUUAAUGUCAAGUGUAGGCUUGUAAAGUCCUCUUUGGUUAUUGCCAGCCUCACUUUUUGCAUUACCUGUAUCACCGACUGCUGGGAGGAAGAUGAUAUUGAGGAAGACAGUUGUCGUGAUCAUCAUCAAGAUAUCAGCAACCUUAUUCUGGACUAUCUUGAAAAGUUGAGUUAUGUGACUGAGCUAAUAAUUGCAAGUUGGUUUGCAGAGGUCGUGUUCAUGAUGAAACUCGAAGGAGUGAUGCUUCCAGAAUUGAGAUGUAAAUUUCUAACUCUAAAGUUGCAUGUAUCGAAGUAUAAUCUGUAUGGGAUAGCCAGUCUUUUGCAAACCUCGCCUCUUUUGGUGUCACUCAACAUACACAUCAAAUCUGAGAUCAUAAUUUCUCUUGAUUUUUUUUGGUUAAAUUUAUCAAUAGGAGCUCUUAUUGAUGUUUUUAUUUAUAGGAAUCAAAGAAUCCAACAACAAAGUAUAGUACAUAAUGUUCAAAAUUUGAACUAGCUAAAAUAAGGAAAAAGCCUCCUAUUGAAAGAACACUUGUGAAUUUGUGAUGCUUGUUUUCCUCCUUUGUUGCACCUUUUGUAUCCUGCUUUUUUGAUCCUGUUGAUGCUCCAAAUUGACAAAUAUCAGCAUAAAACCAGAAAACAGCAUCAACUGCAGUUUCUGGACCUGUUGUUCACUGCUCAUUACCAUCAUUCAACCAAUCUUCUUAGUUUUGAUCCUAAUAUUUGGAUAGUUGAACUUGUCCAUAUUUAAAAUCUUCUUUCCAUAAGGAGGAAAAUCUUCAAAUUCCUUAUAGUCUACCAUGCCCUUAUGAAUUGCUUGAUUUGCUUUGCCAAAGUGUUACCCUGUCUUAGAACAAGAUGAAAACUGACUUGACACUCCUAUUGCUUUGUUUUGACAUCUUCCACUAGUGUGAUCAGUUGCCAAGGUGCAUCCCAUUUAUCGUCCAGGAUAUUCUUCAUGACUCUGUUUCUAGCCAAAUCUGUUGAAUAACUACUGCUACACAAUGAUAUAUUGCUUCCUUGAUUGCCACCGCUUCAGCUUCAAUGUUUAUGGCUUCUUGUAUUUGCCUUCCUUGAUCGUAUAUCAGAUCACCUUGGUAAUUCCUCAGAUAGUAUCCAAAUGAACUUCUUCCUGGAUUUCCUUUGCUUGCACCAUCUCUAUUGCACUUGAUUAUUCCAGGAGGUGGCUCCCAAUGUAUGAACAUGUACUGCAAUUUUGCUCUAUAAUUCUCCAGAUAUUGAAUUAUUGCGGUAAAUUUGAAGGAACUGAGUUCAGCUUUGGGUAAGUGGUUUGCACCAGUUGCCAAAUAGUCCUAUUAACCAGAUGCAUCAUACUGUUGAAACUCAUUUUUCCUCCAUGCUUUAUAGCAUUUCUUCUUUUCAGCAAAGUCCACACAAUAAUAGCAGGUACAACAUGUAUUAUUGGCUUCAAAAUUGGUCUGCAUGCACUGUCCUACAAAAUUAGCAAACAUUCUCCCCAGUUUUAAAGAUGUGGAAGAGGUUAGAAAAAUAUUGGAUAGAGUCUCCUGGUGAGGAUCUAUGCAGCACCAACAUUUGGUUGGUAAAUAUACUCCUAUCCUUCUCAGUAUAUCAGCACUGGGCCGCCUGAACUUCCAUGCCCUCCAUAACACAAAAAGUACUUGAAUGGUAACUGUUUCCUCCACAUUUGGCCAUAUAUUUUCAGUUUCUCCUCCUUAUAUCUCACAUACUCCCAAGCACUUUUAACUGGGAACUUGCCAUUCUUAUCUAACAACCACCAUCGCCUAUCAAUUCCUUAUUUCUCUUGAUUUAUGCUUUUCUCUCUAAAGGAGUUUCUUAAGGAGAAUGCAAAUAUAAUAUCAUUAAGAAUAUUUUGUCACCAUAGAACUAAAAAUUAAAUGCUUAGGAUAGUUUCUUUCUAUCCGGUAGACGGGUCAAGAAAGGACAAUAAUCAUUGACAACUAAACUUGUUUUUGCUUGGUUUAUGUACUGCAUGAGUAUUUCUGAUAGGCCUUUCCCCGGACACCAUGCAUAGCGGGAGCUGAGUGAACAGGGGUGCCCUUCAUUAGCUAUUAUAUAAUCAUUUUGCUGAGAACUGUUCAACCUUUAUGGGUUUUGAGAAUUGUUCUACUUUGAGAUCAUUUAGUUUGUCUUCUGUGGUAUAUAUCCAUAAGACUGUAUACCCACUUUGGAUCCUGAUUUUAUUCUUAGUUACAGUGUGGCGAUCCCCCCUUCCAGCUUGAGCAAAACUAUUUCGCCGAAGUAGAUAACAUCAAUUUGCCGAGUUGGAUUCCAAACAGUGUGUUUCCCAAUCUCAAGAAUGUUAAGAUUGUCAGAUGCGGAACAGAAUGUUUGAAUAAGUGGUCUGAAGGGGGUUUUUGUAAGCUUUAUGAACUUUCUAAGUUUCUACUAAAGAAUGCAGUGGCUUUGCAGAAGUUUGUUAUCGUGGCAAAGAGAAGAAAGUGCUAGACUUAUUCAAAGAGCUGUAUGUCCCGGCAUUUAUCAUGAUUGGCUAAGAAAUUGUUAGACACCCAAAGAUCAUCAAAGAAUUUUAUGAUUAUUUACCAAGAGUUAGCAUGAUCAGACUGGCAUUGUUCUUUUUUUUUUUUUUUUUUUUUUUUUGUUUUGUUUCGGCACUCUAGAAAUAGCUAUGUUUUAGCUUUUGAUUUAGUGCAUAUGUAAGUUUAUACUUGUGGCAUUCCAAAUGUUAUGAUGUCUGCCUGGUUUCUUACAAGCCUUUAUAUUUUGCACUCUGACAUUGCAUAUGUGCUUGGAAUUUUCAGCAACUUUUGUUUUUCUUGAACUGUCAAGAUUGCCAACCUACAAAUUAAACCACAUGUUAUCAUAAUAAUUAGGCCCUUGAAAUGCUUUUUUUUCCCCUUCCUUUUGUCA